GAUAAUGAGCAAUUAUACGUCAAGAUUCUUCAAGCACAACAAAGUAUACAACGUUUGCGUCUAGAGCGGGCGCUAAUAUACGAACGACUGGCAUCACUGCCUCCUCCAUCCGUAGCGCCAGUAACAUUAUCAUCCAACGCGAUGCAAAUUACCGAUCAAGAGCCUGCUGCCAGCUCAAGUCAAACCCAAACUCCAGGUCGCCAUAAUACACAACAACACGGAGGAUAUAAUGCAAACCAGCAUUCAUCUUCGUCUUCGACACCUCAUCACCCUCACCCACUCUCCCAAUCAUUUACUCCAUCCUCAUCGCGGGACCCACAACCCAAUGGUCCUUCGGCUUAUUCUCAGCAGCCGCAUCAAUCACCGAGCUCUGGUCACAGGGAAGUGUACCAAUACUCGCCACCUCGUCAAACACAGGAAAGGAUGCUUCCUCCCAUCAAGGAUACUCACCAAGCAUCUCCAUACAAGGAUAGUGGCGGUGGAAACAGCAGUAGCAGUAGCAGCAGAGUCUACCUCCCACCACCACCGUCUACAACGCAAGCAGCAUCUUCGUCGGUCCGAGAGUCUGGGGAAAGGGAUUAUGCCCCACGGAGAUCUUCACCUGGUCCAGGUUCGUAUUCUUCUCCUGCUGCCACAAUACCUUCACAUUCUCACUCCACCACUCUUCCUCUCCUACCAGUCACCGGCGCUACCACCGCACCGUCCACAUCCUCGUCCCGUCGAGCAAGUUUGCACGAAAGUAAUGCUCAUAAUGGAUCCCAGUACCCUCCUGAAGACAAGCGAAUGCAAUUCCCGUCCUAUCCUUUUCCCACUGGUCACAACUAA